CGAGCCUAUUUUCUGGUCGUAUAGAACCAGAACUUCUCGGCAUCAGACGGAGCCAUUAAAUCAUGAGAAGGAGUUUUGCUCCCAGUCAGGUCGCUAAACGGAAGCUGGCAGGACCAGGAGGUUCGGGUGAAGACGAAGACCGGAACCACAAAACGAUCAAGAGAAUAAGGGGAGACGAGGUGACACAGAACCAGAUGUCUCCCUGCAGGACGCCUCUGAGCCAGCUGAACGACAUCAACAAUCAUGAGGCCUUUAUUCAAAGGAUUCUCUCUAAGCCGUUUAAGGUUCCUAUUCCCAACUACACAGGUACAGCUCAGGAGUUUAAGAAGCGAUUUGAACUUCCCAUACUGAAGGGUCGGGAUGCAGACGCCAGCGACAGAGACCGACAGACAGGAGAGGACAAACUCAAAGAGCUGAUUGGCAUUGUCAACAGGUGUUUGAUAAGGAGAACGUCGGAUAUCCUGUCAAAGUAUCUCCCUGUGAAAAUUGAACAGGUUGUGUGCUGCAGGCUGACUCCUCUGCAGACUGAACUCUACAAGCUGUUUCUGAGGCAGGCCAAACCCCUGGAGACUUUACAAGAAGGCUCAAUGAGCAUGUCCUCCCUGUCCUCCAUCACAUCCCUCAAGAAGCUCUGCAAUCACCCGGCUCUUGUCUAUGACAGGUGUGUGGACGGGGAGGAGGGAUUUCAGGGGGCUCUGGACCUGUUUCCUCCGGGCUUCAACAUAAAGGCUGUGGAACCUCAGCUCUCUGGAAAGAUGCUGGUUCUGGAUUAUAUUCUGGCAAUUACACGGACCACAACGAGUGACAAGGUGGUGCUGGUCUCCAACUACACUCAGACCCUGGACCUGUUUGAAAAGCUGUGCAGACACAGAAGAUACCUGUAUGUUAGACUGGAUGGCACCAUGUCAAUCAAGAAAAGAGCCAAGAUUGUGGAAAGGUUCAACAGUGCACAUAGCCCUGAGUUCAUUUUCAUGCUGAGCAGCAAAGCUGGAGGAUGUGGCCUGAAUCUGAUUGGCGCAAACCGUCUGGUGAUGUUUGACCCUGACUGGAACCCAGCCAACGAUGAGCAGGCCAUGGCUCGUGUGUGGAGAGACGGCCAGAAGAAAACCUGCUACAUCUACAGACUGCUGGCUACUGGGACCAUCGAGGAGAAGAUCCUGCAGAGACAGGCCCACAAGAAAGCCCUGAGCAGCUGUGUGGUAGAUGAGGAGCAGGACGUGGAACGUCACUUCUCUCUGGGAGAACUCCGAGAACUCUUCACGCUCAACGAAGGGACGACCAGCGACACGCAUGACAAGUUCCGCUGUCGUCGCUGUGUGAAUGGCAGACAGGUGAAACCACCUGCAGAGGACUCUGACUGCACCUGUGACCUGUCUCAGUGGAACCACUGCUCGGACAAGAAGGGCCUGAGGGACCAAGUACUGAAGGCAUCCUGGGAUGCUGCCGUCUCCUUUGUCUUUCACCAGUGUUCUCAUGAGGACCACAGGCAGGUUGUGUAGCAGCAACAAACUGUC